CCCAGUCGGACGGAACUCGCUCGGAGGCUGCUUCCGGAAGUGGUCGCGCGCGUUGCUCCGUUGGAUUAGAUUAGUUCUGUGUGGCGGGUUUGUGUGUCUUUGCUACCGGGAGUCUACUUGUAGGCGCAACCAGAGUCAGUUCGCUUGGUGGGAAAGCGUCAGCAAACCGGAAGUGAGAGCAUUUCAUCACAACAUCAAAGUUUUGGGAACCUCCAUCAGCGUGUAGCCCAGUUGAGUGGACCUCAUUAUGGUCACAGGUGAUUAAAAUCGGAGGAAAAAAGAUUGUGGUGUGAAGAAUUUUAAUAACCAGAGGGGUGGAAAAUAAGUGAGGUUGGGGUAGUUCCUAAAGGAGAAGAGUUAAUAUUGUGUGAUUCGUGAAUUGUCUGCGCUCGAGGAGUGAAUUUAUUAGUGGCCCCCUUCAGGGUUGUUUAUUGGUCAUAAUUUGAAAGCUGGCAAAAUAAGGGACGAUCUGAUGGGAAAGAUUUACGACUAUUGAUUCGGAAGACGUUCCGGAUUACGGGGCCGUUAACGAACCGGUGCCGGCUGGUACGGAAGGCAGAGUUCCAAAUUGUGUGUCAAAAUGUGAAGAAAAAAUCGUGAAACCCGUGCGUGCGUGGGCGUGAUGUGAGAUUAUUUUCAUCAUCAUCAUCAUCAUCAUCCCUGGAGGAAGAAGAAGUUUUGAAGGGUUUCUCAGGCUUUGAGUAGGGUGUGUGUUGAAAGUGAGGUUAGCUUUCGAGAUUGAAGUGAUUCCACGCGUGGGAAGUGAUGCCAGCAAAUCACUAGAGAGUGUUCCUUUGUAGUUGGGAAAUAAAACGAAGAAAAACCUCGAUUCCAAAAUGAAAAUGAAGGCCAACGACUUUAAGAACAUGCCGGAGGAGGAAAUGGCCAUGAUGAUCCAGGGCCUGCUCGGUCUCGGUUACGUUGGGGACCACCCGGUCAACGGGUCCGCGCCCCAGCCCGACUACAGCAGUCCCAUUCUGAAGCCGGUCGUGGCCCGGAUCUAUCCGCUCUUCAUCAUCCUGUACGCCCUGCCGGCGGCCCUCGGAAUCGCCACCAACGUGCUCGUCAUGAUGUACAUCAGCAAGUAUAAGCUGAACCGGGACGCGACGCAGGCGUUCCUCGUGAAUCUGGCCGUUUGCCACACGGUCCAGUGCACGUUCGUGCUUCCGAUCACGCUCAUGGUGAUGCUGCUCCAGAACUGGAUCUUUGGCCAGUUUCUGUGCUUCUUUCUGCCGCUGCUGCAGGAUAUCCCGCUGCACGUCGCCAUGAUUUCCCAUCUGCUGAUUGCGUGGGACCGGAAGCGCUGGCUGACGGAUCCGCUCAAGGCGAGGCUGCCCGCCUUCGUGUGCAGCUGCGCUUCCUGGCUGGCCGGCAUGGUCAUUGCGCUUCCCUAUCCGAUCUACACCACCUACCUGGACCUGGGGAAAUAUUUGCACAACUUUGAAGGCGUCGGAAUCUGUGCCGUCAACCUGGUGGAUGACAUGCAGGAGUACAUGCGAGGAUUGUUCGUCAUAAUGUACUGCGGCCCGAUGGCCCUGCUGGGAUAUCUGUACAUCCGGACGUCACGCGAGCUGCGCCCUCCCGACGGGCCCCUGUCGAUCAUGAUGUUCGAGGCCAGGGCCGAAGCCAGGAGCAAACAGAUUCGUGCCAGCCGCACCGGAAGCGCCGCCGGCAGUGCCGGGGCAGCGGCCAGCAUCGGGGCGAACCUGAGUGCCAGCUCGCGGACGUACGACCUGUACGACGCCGAGGUGGACGUCAACCGGGAGAAGCGCACCCAGCGCCACCUGGGGGCGAUGGCGUCGGCCCAGGUCCUUUGCGUGUGCCCGCUGAUGAUUUUAAGGCUGGCCCGGAUGACCCUGGUCGAAACGUACGAAAAUCAGGCCCAUUUCGAUAUCACCUAUCUGAUGUUUGUGUGGAUUGCCUUCCUGCCGACGGUGAUUGUGCCCUGGAUCUACGCCAGCUGGAUGCUCUCGAGACCCGCCAAGGAGCGCCUUCGAGGCUACCUGCGCCUCUCGUCCCGCCGCAACACCAAAUCUGAACAGUCCGUCGACGACGGCGGUGGCAACUCGUCACCCCCCGGCGUCAAAACUCCCCUCUCGAUCCAAACCAACUCCUCGGUCGGAAAUCACCACUCUCACCAGCACCAGCAGCAGCCGCUGUCGAAACCCCUUCCCCAGGAAUCUUCCCUCGUCCAGAAGCCUUCGGUGAAGAAGCAACUGCCGUCGAUCGACCGGUCUAAAUCGCCGGCCGGCGGCAGCACCCGAACGCAGCAGUCCACGCUGGAGAGCACACUCGCCGAGAGUUCCAUCUCGAACGCCACGACUGCGACGGCCAAGAGUGCGGUCCAGAGUGCGCCGAACGGACGGCCGCGGCGACAGUUGCCUCCGCCGUUGCGGAUCGACAACAGCAACUUUCACAAGACUCCGUCGGUGAAGAGUCGGGGAUCGGGUGGGGUGCAGCGUUCUUCGCUGAGGUCUACGGCGGGGAGGGUUGGUAGAACGGUGGGCGAGAAUUUGGUGGACGAGGAGGACGAUUACGCCGGUUCGAACAUAACUUCCAGCACGUACUGUAACAUUAACGAACGGGAGGUCGUUGCACCGCCCGAGUUGUACGAAACGAUGCCGCUUCCCCGACAGAACGUCCUGCACAAGUCGGCUUCACCGUACUACCAGAGUGACCCGAACGGGAGGGAGGCGCACGACAUGGACUCCGACUCGGACAUUUAUCAGCGCCAGCGACCGACGCGGUACGGCUCGCUCUCCAAGCAAGACUCGGGCAUCGUGCCGCACAAGCCGGCAGGCACUCCGUCGAUCAUCUCGAUCUCCGAGAGUGAGUACUCGUCCCGCAAGGGCUCGCUCAGUACGCUGUCCCGCGACCUGGAGAUCAUCGACCGGCUCGAGCGCGAACGCAGCAUGAACAUCCAGGAGAUGCUCCAGCGGGAGAAGAACUACGAGUACUACCUGGCCCGCCAGAACUCCAAGCUCAAGUUUUCCACCAACUUUGACGACUACUUCGACGAAGAACCCGCGCAGCAGCUGCAGAAACUUCCCCUGGUCAAACAGUCCUCCAACUCGAGCCACGUCCCCUCGCAACGGUCCGUCUCGCCGCACGUCCCACGGAACGCCUCCAACCGGCGCAGCAGCAACCUCAGCUACGCGUCCACCAAGCGGGACAGCGGUUACGAGCAGUCGCUGCUGGAAACACCCCCGGUAGCGGCCCCUCCGGUUCUGACGCCCGGAUCGCACAGCGCCUCGGUGGCGGCGGCAGCUUCGUCGUACCGCUCGAACGGACCCCGGCGGUCGCUGGAGUUGGAGAAGCAGCGCAUUGGGCGCACGUACAGUGGUCAUUCGACGCGGAGUUCGACUCGGUCACGGGAUCGGGUUAGCUUUCACGACGAUGUUUAGGGGUGGAGUGCCAAAUUUGUACCGUGAAGAGGUUGGUGAGGGGAGAAGGUGAAGCAAGAAACCUGUGAUUUAAUUAGGGUGUAGGCCGGAGAGGGUAGUUUGGCUAUGGUCGAUUAGAAUUUUAUAUUGCAAGAUAAGGUGACGGAAUAAGUACAACAAUGACAUUGCAGACGUUUCCGGCAGGUUUGUGUUAAAAGUUAAGCUGGAUCAUAACUACUAAAUAUUUAUAAAAGUUGUCAUAAAUACACAUAAAGCGAUUAAUUGUCGACCAAAAUAUAAAAUUCGGAAGAUGACAGUUGAAAACUGUUGAAAUAUCAAAAAGAAAAUUGGAAUGAUUUCUUUUUAAGUCAUACAAUUCAAUACAAAUUAAAAGUUGUUCCUUAUCAUUACCGAUUGUUUAGUUGAAGUUGAAAAACGAACAAAAGAUUCACCUGAAAUUUUUAGGAACCAUUAUAAGAGAACAAUUCAGUAGUAGCUUUUCGAAAGGGCGAAAGCUUGGCUGUAAACAAACAGUUAUUCCCACUUGCUCUAGUGACAGUUCAAGUUUCGCUUGUGUGGGUAAGUGUGGUGACUGCAAUUAUUAGAAUGCAGCCGUGGGCCAAGAGAUUGAAAGUUUGGUGGAUUUUAAACGGACGAGCUGCACUGAAAAUACUCCACACGUUUUAUUCAAGUGCCAAACUCUUGAAUUAUUGAAUGAAGCCACAUCACAGAUUUAAUUGGUUUUGUGUUUCAACAUCAAUCCAAACCACUAUCAAAUGCAAGUGUUUGGGCGAUUGACUUUUUGGUAUUUUCUGAAACAUUAUUUUCAUUCGGGGGGUUCAAGCUUUUCAAGUGUUUUGCUCAUGAAUUUUCACCACUGUCUUGAACUAUUUGAAGUUAUGAGUAAAACACUUGAAAUUGAUCUUAAUAUCUGCCCAAAACAGGCACUAUUCAAAGUCAACAUGAUUUUCCACUUGAAUUUAAUGUGUUUAACUGAUUGAUUUUAGCGCGACUUUUAUCGAUGGCUAGAAGCGGGGCUAGAACGAGUGUGUGUGUGUGUGUGUGCAACCAACCAAACGGG